AGUCGCCACCGGAGACUGGACGGAGCCUCCUUGGUGGUGCUCGAGCGCUUCCCGGCACUGACAGCCGGGGCAGGAGGGGCGGGGAGCCGGCCCUACCCUCACUAUUUGUACUGGCGCUUGCGGGCUCAGUGCGGAGCAGCUUCUGGACGCGCAGCACCUCGAGCAGCCGGCAUCGCUGAGCAUGCAGCGGCGAAGCGCAGCCCGGCUCGGCCCCCUUCUGCUCCUGCUCCUGCUGCCUCUGGCGUGGGGUGAGGGCCCCUCGCCGCCCCGGGCAGACGGAGAGCUGCAAGUCUCCAACCGCCUGGCCGGGCAGGCGGCCCGGGUGGCGCUGCACUAUCUCAACUACCGCCUGGGGUCGCCCAGCGCGCUGCGGGCGCUGGGACAGGUCCGGAAAGCCACGCUCAAGACUAUCCCAGGAAUUGGACAUAAGUACUACCUGCAGUUCACUACAGAAGACUACAAAAGCAGCCAAAACGUUGGGACUUGCCUUGCUACAGUGUUCUACCUGAAGAGGAAACCUCGACCUGCCGUUAAUAUAAACUGCACAUAUACCAAAGAUCAGAAGCAAACCCGAGAAGAUGACUACAGCUUUUACAAAAAAAUGAGGCAACAAACCAAACCACUCAUUGGAAAUGAUAUUCCCGACAGCUAUGGAAAUAUUGAACCAGCCUUGGAGCCAGCGUGGGCUUUGGCAGUUGCUGGCAGCAGCUACCUAAUGUGGGAAAAGUCAACAGAGAACUUAGGCUAUUUCAUGGCACAAGUCAAGAAUGUGAAGCAAUGGAUAACUAAAGAUGAUUCGAUUGACUUUGACUACUCGGUUGUACUACAUGAAAUUCCAACACAGGAAAUGAUUUCAUGCCACCUCCGUGUCAUUUGGACUCCUGGUCAUCCCCUGAAAGUGAAGUACUUCUGCUCGUCAGAGAAUCAAUGGUCAGAAUCUGGAGAAGGGUCUGGAACAGAAUCUGGGUCUACUAAUGGAAUUUUCAAUGAGAAAGCAGCAAAUAUUUAAAAAGAUUAAUGUUGGCUUUUAUAUAAAGAUUUGAAAUGGAAAAAAAUAUUGCAUUAAUAGUUCCAAUCAGUAUUGUGAUAACUCUUCUACACAAACUGUAUUGCAAUGAAUUCGAAGCCUUUUAACUAGUCAACCUUCACCAAAAAUAAAUCUCUGUAGAAUUUUUUAAAUGAAAGAAAUCACACAUUAUAUCUAUCUACCUAAAAAUGUUCUUAUAAAAUAAAUAUAUAUACACACACACCCCUGAUUUUAUUUCACUAAGUUAGUUGUAACUCAGAAUGUGAACAAAGUUAAUAUAUUUGGAUGAAAGUCUUGAGAAAAGUGUUAAUUUUCCAUCUCCAUAAGAAAAAUAUUUGUCUACUAAUUUUUUAAAUUUUUGAACAGAAAUAUGAUGUUAGCUUUUAACUUAUAUCUACAGUAAAAUAAAUACCAUUACAUUUGGA